AUUUCACUGGGCCUUCCGUUUAUCCAAUUCCUUGUCCAGGAGCAAAUCCUGUAAACUGAACAGCGACAUCCAAUACCAAACCAAUCUUCCAUUCUGCUUCCCCUCGCUAAUAAUCAGCGAUAAUUCGCGGCGUCCUGUUCUUCCUCUGAUUACGAGCACCAUUACCUAAUCGCGUUCGAUUCGUCGAAUCGAAAUUCCGCACCGCCUUUUUGUCGCCCACAGAUCUUUCUCCAAUUUGGCUCGAUUAAACCCCAUUUCAAUCAAAACCCCCUAACCCUAACCCUAGAAUUCUAUCCCCCUUUUCCCUCAAUGGCGACUGACAGCGAUGCCUCCCGUCGGAAGCACCGUCGAUCGCCCUCCGAUGACGAGUUCGAGAAGUCCUCCAAGCGACACAAGCACCGUCACCGGCACCACCGCCACCAUCGUAGCAAGAAGCACGACGAGGAAACCAAAUCAAUUGGCGGGGAAGAUGCUCCUCCUGCUUCUCUGGCGAUUCAUACUGCCCCAGAUUGCAAAUUGGCUGAUGAUGACGUGGAGGAAGGGGAGAUUCUGGACGAGGAAGGGUCCGCUGCUGGCGCUGUUAAGGGUGUGGAAUCAGGCAAGGACAUUGAUGAUUCUGAGAAUCUGGGACAUAAUCUUGAUGACAAGGAUGAUGGCUUCAUGGACAAUUCUCGAGCUGGUGUUAAACAUGACAAGUGUGCUAGUCUGAGUAGAAAUAGUAAGCCUGGUGAUCAACGUAAGUGUGCUUCUGAGCUUGGUGCAGAAUCAAAGGUUAAUGGAAGUUCAAGCUAUUCUUAUCAGGAUGAUGAGAAGAUUUUCAAUACAGACUCUUUGUCUCCGUCUCAAUCAGGUCUCAAGCAUAAGAUUAACCAUGAGACAAAUGAUGCUGGGGAGGGCCAGUCAAACAAUGUCAAAAGUAAUUUUCCUGAAAGCAGGGGUGAUAAGUACAGGGAGGAUGCUCGGUUAGAAUCUGGGGAAAAGUAUCAUGAUGAGAUUCAUGCUAAGAGGGGAUCUGUACCACGCGAUCAGGGUAGAGAAAGAUCUCAUUCCAGCAGUGGAGUAGAAGAUGAAGACCGCUGGAAAAAAAUGCAAUAUGAUGAAAAGAUAGAAAAGCAUUCUGAUGAUGAAAGAACAAGCAGAGGUAGUAGAGAUGUACGUUCUAGGAGAGAAUAUGGUCGGGAUAGGGACGGAGAAUCUAGUGUUAGUUACAGUAGAUAUCCAAGACGGAAUGACAGACAUCGUGGCCGUGAUGCAUAUGAAAUUGACAUGAGUAGAGAGAGAGAUAUGGACAGGGAGAGAAGAAGGGAGAAGGAUAUAGAAAGAAGCAGAAACAUAGAGGUGUACGUGGAUCGGAGGAAAAUGCAGGAAAGAGAGAGGAGUCAGGAGAGGGAAGGUGACCGAGAUAGGCGAAGGGAGAGGGAAAGAGAAAGAAGUAGGGACAAAGAGAUGUACAUGGAUCGAAGGAAGAUGCAGGAAAGAGAGAAGAGCCAGGACAGGGACGGUGACAGGGGCAGGAGGAUGGAAAAAAGGCAUGGAAGUAGGGACAUGGAUAUGGAAUGGGAGCAAAGGAGGGACAGAGAACUGGAUUUAGGGAAGAGAAGAGGGAGAGAACAAGAGAGAGGUAGGGAUAGAGAGGAGGAGCAUGAUUGGAGGAAGCAGAGGGCAAAGGACCGAGGGUCAGAAAAAUAUAUGGACCAAGACAGAGACAAUGAUAAGGAAGGGGAUAAGCACAGGGACAAAGGGCGAAGUAGGGAAUAUGAUAGGGGGCGAGAAAGGGAGCAGGAGUGGCAGAACGGUCGAAAUAGCGGAAAUGAUAGGGGUGGGAAGAGUGAUUCUAACAGUGAUGCUUUUGAACAUGACAGGGAGAAAGCGCAAAGGGAUGACGAUGAACAGGAUGAUUUUGAAGAGAGGAUGACAUUAAUUCUUGCUGAGCAAGAGGAGGAGGAUUUGAACAAAAUCAAAGAGGAGAGUAGAAAGCGGAGGGAGGCAAUUCUUGAGAAGUAUCGAAAGCAGCAGUUGCAUCAGCAGGCUGAGUCUAAUUUCCCUGAUGUGAAGAAAGCUAGGGAGUCCGGGGAGCACCCUGGUGAACCUUUACCAUCCAGUGGCGUAGCUCUAGAGGCUGUGAAUGAUAGGAGGGAUGGAGGAGAUAUGAAUGUUGCGGAGCCUGCAGUAUCUGUUGUUAAGUCACCACUUCAAAAUGGGGUCCAGGUUUCUGAUAGUACUUCCUCUCCUCGCGGGCUUGGCGAGGGUACUCCAAAGAGUGAGAGAUCAGAGGAAAGGUACUGCGAUGAUAUAUUUGGAGAAACCCCUACUGCAGUUCGCAAAACGGGCAAGGUGGACGGUUUGCCUGUGGUGCGGAAUGCUCUACAUGACAAUUGGGAUGAUGCUGAGGGCUAUUAUAGCUAUCGUUUUGGUGAGAUUCUUGAUGGGCGCUAUGAAAUUAUUGCUGCUCAUGGGAAAGGAGUCUUUUCCACAGUAGUCCGUGCAAAGGAUCUGAAGGCUGGAAGUGAUGAACCGGAAGAGGUGGCCAUAAAAAUUAUACGAAACAAUGAAACAAUGAACAAGGCUGGUCAGGUUGAAGUUUCAAUUUUAAACAAAUUAGCUGGUGCAGACUUGGAGAACAGACGCCACUGUGUUAGAUUCCUUUCGCAUUUCAAGUACAGAAAUCAUUCUUGUUUGGUUUUUGAGUCUCUUCAUAUGAAUCUUCGCGAGGUGCUAAAAAAGUUUGGUCGCAAUAUUGGGCUUAAACUAACAGCUGUAAGGGCGUACGCAAAACAGCUUUUCAUUGCGUUGAAGCAUCUAAGAAACUGUGGUGUUCUUCAUUGUGAUAUAAAGCCGGACAAUAUGCUGGUGAACGAGGCAAAAAAUGUGCUGAAGCUUUGCGACUUUGGCAAUGCCAUGUUUGCCGGAAAAAAUGAAAUUACCCCAUAUCUUGUCAGCCGCUUUUAUCGUGCUCCGGAAAUAAUUCUUGGGUUGUCAUAUGACCACCCUAUGGAUAUUUGGUCCGUUGGUUGCUGUUUAUAUGAGCUUUAUGCAGGGAAAGUUCUUUUUCCUGGUCAAACUAAUAAUGAUAUGUUGCGACUGCACAUGGAACUGAAGGGCCCUUUUCCAAAGAAGAUGCUUAAGAAGGGUGCAUUUGUUGAUCAACACUUCGACCAGGAUUUGAAUUUUCAUGCUACAGAACAAGAUCCUGUGAGUAACAAGAUAAUGAAGAGGAUGAUUGUGAAUGUAAAGCCUAAAGAUAUUGGGUCAAUUGUUAAAGGCUCUCCAGGCGACGAUCCAAAAAUGUUGGCCAACUUUAAAGACAUUUUGGAAAAGAUUUUUGUUUUGGAUCCUGAGAAGAGGAUGACAGUUUCUCAGGCAUUAAACCAUCCAUUCAUCACUGGCAAGUGAAACCAUGUUGCUGCUUUUCUGACUCCAGAAAUGCCGUUGCAUUGAUGUUUGUAUAUUGUCACCUUAUCCUAAUUUCAGUGCUAAUGAUUGGGCAUUAUCUGUCUUUAUCUUCUAUGAGGGUACCUAUGAGCUGUGGACGAUUUCUGGAUUCGCAAAUGGUGAUGUUUGGUCAGGAGUACGCUUUACUGGCGGUUCUUUCGAGGGAAUGUACUGUUUCUAUUGAUAUCUUCCUCUGCUUUGUGGCAAUCUCCAGGGCUUAGAUGCAUAAAGGAACCCGGGAGAAGGUAUCUUAGAUUAUCUGCUACUAUAGCCUCAACAUGGUUGAGAUCCUUCAACUAAAUUUGCAUUACCAUGUGUUAUGUUAUCCUUUUACUUGUUGGUUGGUGCUUGUGUCUGAAUUUUUACUGUUGUUCCUACUACAUUUAUGUGGAUUUAGUAUUAGUCGGAUUAAGUUGUUCUGCUCGGGGUUUCAUUACUAUAUAGUAUUAGAUUUUCUAAUUUUGCUCUUUUUGAAUGUGCAACUUAAGUGUGAUUGCUGUUGCUGUUACCCUAUCCUUUUACACCUUCGAUAUCUGGAUUAGGAUCUAAGUGAUGUAUUCUGUCAAGUGAAUUUAAGCAAUUGUUAAUUCGUUGUUUUCAUCUUCUUUAGUUGUUUCUCUACUAUUGUUCUUGUUCUGAUGGACUUGCAUGCAUCUGAUUCAUGGUCUUCUGGAAAUUUGGAGGCACAUGCUUGUAGAUGGUCUGCUGCAGCCUGUAGAAAAUCACAGGUGCUGUCUCUAUCAUCGUGAUUCUCUUGUAAGAAUCUUAGCUGUUGUUUCUUUCUUGUCGAGUUCAUUGCUUUUGAUGUAUAUAUCAUUAUUAUCUUUACCCUGAUCUGCUUGCUGUCAUGUUGCAUGAGUAAAUCCCACACCCGUCAGGAGCCAGGGUUCCCCAUUUUUCUAUGUUAUGAAACAGUGAAACACUGUGCACCUUAUCUGUACGCUAGUCAUUGUUACUGUUCUUUUAUGCUAUUUGUAGCUUGAUAAUGAAUGUGAUGGUGAUGGAUUGCCUAGACUCCAGUUUAACUUUUUUCUUCUUCUUUUUCUGGAGGGCGUGCUAUGUUCUGGCUGCUGCUUCAACUUUGUGCGAUUAUAGUUCACAUGCUUUUAGCAUAAUUCCUAACAGGUUAUAUGUAUCAAUUGGUUGAAGGUUGGUGACUCUCUUGUGUGUAGUGACUAACAACACAGCCUAAUUGCUAGUUAAUUAAUGCUUCUUGUUUAUGGUUUUAAGCUGUAUGUUCUGAUAUUUAGACCUAGCUGGCUAAAAUAUAAAAAAUAAGUGGUUAGUAUUUGGAAUUGUGAAGGAAGGUUCGUUUUAAGUUUAAGAUAAGCAGUGGCAAGUGUUUAGUUCUUAUACGUAAACCUUAUCUGGCCUUUGUUGGAAUUUGUUCAAAGUAGUUGACCCAUUAGUUGAAGCUUAUAUUUACUUGUUUUAGUGCCUUGAACAUUUAUUCUUGGUAGUCAGAGGAUCACCAGUGUCUAUUUGAUGAUUGGCUCUGCUGUUGUUAGAAGAGUCGAGAACAAGUUUAUAUAGGGCCUAUUUAAGUUUCACUUGUCUUUAAAAGAAUUUAUUUUGAAUUGCCUUCAAACUGAUAUUCAAUCCUAAAUGAGCUCAAGGGGAUUGGAUGUUUUUGCUUGGAGUUCGGUGAGCAGAGUAUGUAAGCAGGAUGUCUGCAGUCUUGCUUUCUUCUAACAGUUUCACCUGAAUGACGAGGAAGACUGGACUUUUGAACUAAGAAGUAUUAAGACUGCCUUAUGUAGGAAACUUAGAGGUGGAUGCUAGGGCAAGGAAGGGCAAUUGUCAAUUCACUAUUGCAACAAGUUGUAUUUCAUCCAUUGGUUCCAUAACAUUUGGUUAGAUUAAUCACCAAAUUUAUGGGAAAGACAUCACAGAGGGUAUUUGUUAUCAGAUUUUGAGCCCCUUGGUGGAACCGGCCAACACCCAACUCUUUUUCUUUUUAGAUUAGUGUUGCAGAUCACUGUUUCCUCAAUCUAUUUAUGCACACCACAGUUGUUACCAUGGUCCAUGGUCCUUGAUUUAAGGAAAUAGGUUGAGUGGAAUGCUGUAUCGUAUCUGUGUUUUUAGCUUGUAGUCUACAUCUUCUAGGCGGCGUUCUCGCCUGCAAAUCAGGUUUAGAUUGGUGUGAUCACUUAUUCUUAGCAGUAGAUCAGAAAGCUUACCUAUCAUUAUGAUUAUAAUAAUUAUCCAAGUUUUUGACAGCACUGGUCAAUGUUAAGAGUGUCCUUGCUUCAGUCUUUGAAGGCACUGUUGAAGGAAAA